AUGCUGUGUCUUCUGUGGUAUGACGAGGCACUCAGGAUCAUGUGGAGUGAUGUACAUCUUGAGAUGUGUGACGGCACCUCUCGUGUGCGUCUUGACCUUCCCUUUCGCAAGACAGCUCAAAAUGGAGGCAUCGCACCCUUCUAUUUGUAUCUGGACACAACACGGCCCUGGAUGUGUCCAGUGCAAGCAUUCGCACAGUGGUGGGUGAUAUGUAGGAAACUAGGCAUUGAGCCACAGGGUUAUGUCUUCCGCAAGCGCAUUGGGCAGGAUGGGGUGAGUGUCAAUGCAGGUGAUGCAAUGUCAAAUGACGCCUUCCUCGAGUGCUUCCGCAACAACCUCUGUGACAUCAAGGUUGAUCCUCGACCAUACGGCACACAUUCAUUUCGCCGUGGUGGUUGCCAGUACCUUGCAAUGGUGCUCCGCUGGCUGCUGUGGCACAUCUGCACCUGGGGCGGAUGGGCAGAAGACUUUGACAACCCGAGAACAAUAUUCAAAUACCUCCUGUCUUGGACCGACACUCCGAUGCUCGAGCGUCAAGACUAUUUCAAUCCAAAACGUGCGGAGAGCGAUCCUUGCACAGCCUGUGGUCGCACCUGUCCGUGCGCUUAA